AUGGCGCCAAAGAAGGCUCAAAAGCAGCCGGAUGAGGUCCUAACGCGCAUUGCGAUCGUCAGUGAAGCCAGGUGUAAGCCCAAGAAGUGCCGGCAAGAGUGCAAGAAGAGCUGCCCCGUCGUCAAAGUCGGGAAGCUGUGCGUCGAGGUGGUGCCCAACAGCAAGAUCGCGUGGAUCUCGGAGGAGCUUUGCAUUGGAUGCGGCAUCUGCGUGAAGGCGCUGCUGUGUUGUGGAGUCGAGCAGCGGCUGUCCGCUGCUCGGCGCUGCGACGCAGCAGUGCCUGAUGGCCGCGGCGGGCUCGGCUGGGCGUUGGCUGCCUGGGGCAGCAGCCGGAGCCGCGCCCGCUUCUACCAGCUGCGCGCCCCGCGCGUUCUUAAAUGCCCGUUCGAGGCGAUCAUGAUUAUCAAUCUGCCCAAGGACCUGGACGGCCACACCACCCACCGCUACGGCCCCAACAGCUUCAAGCUGCACAGGCGAGCGGCGGGCGCCAAUAUGUCGGGAGAGGCAGCAGGCUCGGCGCGCCGGGGUCUUACACAGCAGCCGGGCAGCCGGCGGCUUGCGGCGCGGCGCGCCUGGAAGUGGGGGCGGCCGGAGUCGCCGUUGGCGGCUGGCUGA